GUGGCGUGCCUGUGCAGCUACGCAUGCCGUGCGACGAGUCGAUUCAAGAACGAGACGAGUGCUCAUGGUUGCUCACCUUUCGAAAGGGAUAUUUUCACUGCUUGUCCCGUCAUGAAGCGCAGCAAAGCGGGCGCCUCCGGCUGUUGAUUACUCCUCCCUGGGCGGUACGGCGCACUUCGUCCCUUUGAGGUGCUGCCCCUUUCACCACUAAAUCGUCCUUUUAGCCUUUCCCUUCUGUUCUUGAGGUUUUGAGCUGCAGGAGCCGGAUUCAGCUUUUGGGCACCUCAAAUUGGAGCUCAUUUCUUGGUGGCACUUCUCAGGUGGGCGGGGAACGCGAUACCCGCUGUUGUUCUCGAGUUGAUGAACUGCCUGCGAUUGUUUCGCCGGCCCAGCAAGACGCGCUACGAACCCGCAGCAACUAGUAUGGCAAACCCAACGUCGGUCAAGCUCGGCAAGCGGGCGCGGAGCAGCCUGCAGCGCACCGUCAGCAGGGAUUCCCUCAGCGACCUCAACAAGCUGAAUGCGCUAGACGUGCUGGCGCCUAUUGACGAUGGGGGGCCUACGGAGGCAGACGCGGAACCCCCCCAGGAGGCAAGGGGUUUUCUGGGGGCCGCUGAAUGGGCUGAGCCGGUGAAAGCCUCCCUGGAAAGCCUGACCCUAGACGAUCCGGUGGAACUGAACCAGGGGCCUAAACCGGCGCAAAGGGAGGUGUUGAGGGAACUAGGACAGGGUGGGGAUAACAGCGACAAGGGCCGGCUUUUGGCGGAUGUGACGAUGUCACCGACCAAGCCCAAGAGAAAGUGGUGGGCGAUGGGGGGUAGAGCUCAAUCGGCAGCUGCGACUAAGCUCCCCUUUCUGCCCACCAAGCCGGUUAAGUGCCCCGUUUACAAACCAGAUGCUGAGCCCUUGAACCAGGAACCAUUGGUGUGCGAGGUCUCCAAGGCCCCAAUUCAAUCCGCCGUUGUCUCCCCCCCUCCAGACAUGGAAAUUGUGCACAAUGACACGUCGCCAAAGUGGACCAGCUCACAGAAUGAGACCGACAGCCCCCGGCACUCCCUCUCAGCAGAGAGCCCCAAGCAACUAGACAGGGACGACCAACAGCGCGCCGAGGCGCAGGCGCAAAAGUACGGGGCACGGGGUGCGGCGUUCGUCAGGAAGGAGCAGGUUUCGGAGCGGUUGCAUCACGCGGCGCACCGCUCGCCCAAGAAGGGAGGGGCAGGGGGCAGGCUGACGUCACCCACAAAGCUGAUGUCACCCACGCUGUCACCCAUUGUAUACUGCCGGCAGGACAGCGGUCAGGAAGUGGCGGAGCUGCUCAACGCGUGCGGGGGGUGCCGGCGGGGGCUUGACAGUAAAAAGGACAUCUACAUGUACGGGGGAGAGAAGGCGUUCUGCAGUGUGAGCUGCCGGUCAAAGGCAAUCGCCAGGGAAGAGAUGGCCCACGUUUGCAGCGCCAAGGCGAGACAGGGGCCAGCACCGUCAAUGCUACCAAGGCUGUGGUGACAUAGAGGGGUCAGCCCAGCGGGGGAUCCCUUCAAUGGAGAGUCGUCAUGCUGAGGGGUUCCAGAACAGCUUGCGGGAGAGGUUGGGAUUUGGAACCCCAAGUCGUACGUGUUGAGGCACCGGGCUGAAGUCUGGUUUGAAGAUGUACAAAGGUGGGUUAAAUAGUCGUAGCUAUAGAGGUUGAACAUGAGACUGGGGGGAACGAGAAGUCACGAUGAAAGGUAGCGGCCCCUCCCAUACGUACAGAAAUGUACAAAGACACAUGGCGCACUCGAUGAUAACUUUGAUCAAUCCAGCCUAUAAGAUGGUCAAUAAGAACGCCUUGAAAAUAGAUAAGGUCGUGGCUCAUAUGGUAGUGCUCACUGAUCCGCUUGCAACACAACACAGAUAUAGACAUAUAAGCCAAGGUAGACUAGCAACUUACAGGAACAAUAAGCUUCGCUGCAACUCAGCGAAAGCGACUCAAUGAUCACUGUUUGAUUGGGCUAUACAAUCUGCAAGAGUUGAUCAGGUGGCCCGGAC